GGCAUGUCACGGGUAUAUAAAGUAUAGUAUAUUACAGCGUUUUAUAUACAGCGAUGAUACUAUAGCGCGGGCCGCGGCGGUCGCGCGUAACAAACCUUCUCUCAUCUCGCGUAGUCGCGUAGUUUCGCGAGUUAUGUGCGGCGGCGCGGCGCACAGAGACCUGAGAGACAGAGACAACAGACAAGCAGCAAAGUGGUGAGAGGCGGAUAGCGCAGCGCCGUCCGCGAGGGAAAAGCAAGAUGGCCACCGAUAUUGCUUCGGGAGCCGUGUCAAGCGUGCGAUGCGAUGUAAAUAGUGGCGUUGGGGUGGCGCGCACAGGUUCAGAGAAGCGCGCCGACGAGCACGAAGACGAAGCCGAGGAUUCGCCGAGGAGCCGACAGGCCUGGAGGAGCCUGGAACAGCCAGCGCAGCUCGAGGGAACGACGCCCACCGUCGUAGCUACUGACACCGCCGGAGCAUUCGCCACCGUUGCUGCUCCGCUUCCGCCUGCCGAGACAUCGUCGGACUCGUUCACGCUUCGGCUGCCCUCGACGAGCACCUUCAGGAGCCUACAAAAGAACGCCGGCCCGGCGGCCAGCGUCGCCGAGAUGUCUGGUAACGACGAAGCAUCCGACGAUGCGGCUGCCGCUACCACUGCUCGGCUUGUUGAUGCGGCUGCUGCCGCGGAUGCCACUCGUCUGAUGAUCGAGCAGGAUACCGCCGCCGAAGGUGACACGCCAUGCCCAAAGCCUCAUGCAGCUGAGAUGACGGGUAACUCCAAAGGCUGCUUGUCGCCUGUUGACUCAUCGUCGUCUCCCAACAAUGAGGUCAGGUACACCAAGGGUGUUGCUACUGAAAAAGCUGGUAACGCAUCCAGCAAGAGUCCCCAGUUGGCAGAGAGCUUGCAAAGUAGUGGUCAGCUUGGACUGGGCAGCCCCAAGAGCCCAGACUAUCCGCCACGAGUUUCGCUUGGUCCCAACAGUCCAGCCAGCGCCAUUGUCACUAAAAGUACAAUGACUUAUGGCCUACCAAUGGUAUCAGCAGGAAAUGUUUGGAAAACCAAUGCCAAGAUCAUUGAAAAUGCUUAUGCUAAGAAGUUAAAAGUUGAAUCUUCAUUAGAAAACAACUUUCAUCAGUGCAGUAUCAAGCAAGAGAAAGAGGACAUUGAUACACCGAGUGAAUCAGUGGAGAGACCUGCAGUCGAUAGAGUCAAACAAGAGCCUGAAGAGUUAAAAAAUGAACCCGAUAGCUCCAAGUGCAAAAGUGAGUCAAAGGUGGUUUCACAGAGCAAGUCACACUCAUCUUCUUCAUCAUCAAGAGACAAACACAGAGAUCAACGAUCGGAGCGACAUCACUGCACAAGGUGUUACAAGAGAAGUAAAAUUAAAAGAAAUAGUAUUGGUAUACAGUGUCAGAGAGAUAGAAGAAGCAGUACUUCAACAGUCUUAAAUCACAGAUCUCAGAGCUCAGUGAGUUCUAUAUUAAAAUCGAAUUCCGAUAAUUUGAAGCUUAAUUUGCAGUGUAAAAACUACAAAUUAUUGGAUAAACAAUCAGAUAAAAGUGAAACAUCUGUUCACCUGCAAGGACUGAAGUAUAAGGAUUUCAUUCACAUAGAAACUUAUCCAAAUGGUGGAGCUUCAGUAGUUCACAUGUAUCAAGAUGAAAUUGAUGCUCUUACAAGUGAACAACUGGAAGAAUUAGCUCAAGAAUAUUUUCAAGUAGUGUUUGGAGAGGAUGAGAAUGGAAAUGCCUAUCACGUUAUGGGCAUUGUUCACAAUGCAGCUUCCUACAUGCCUGAUCUACUGGAUCACAUGGCUGACAUUUAUCCUACCCUGACCGUGAAAAAUGGGGUUUUAGGCCACAAAAGUGACAUAGAGACGACGACAAUGCUCCAGUAUAAAGAGCACGUGUGUAAAGCAUACAACAAUGGUACUUUUCGAUAUGGACCAUUGCAUCAAAUUAGCUUAGUUGGUACUGUACAUGAAGAAGUGGGGGGAUACUUUCCCAACAUUUUGCAGAUGCUUGAAGAAAAUAUUUUCUUGAAGAAGACCAUGCCCUGGGGUCCUUUAUCAGCAGUACGAAUGGAGAGCCCACAGGAGUCUAAUGAUGGUCCCAUCCUAUGGAUUCGACCUGGUGAACAACUUGUCCCUACAGCAGAUAUUAACAAGAGCCCGUGCAAGCGACGUCGCACUGGUAUCAAUGAACUUCGCAACCUCCAGUACCUGCCACGCCUGAGCGAAGCCCGAGAGUACAUGUUCGAGGAUCGUACUCGCGCUCACGCGGACCACGUAGGUCACGGCCUCGACCGUAUGACUACCGCCGCCGUCGGUGUGCUUAAGGCCAUCCACGGCGGUCAGCCUUGCGAGUUCAACCGUAUAACCAAGGAUGUUAUAGCCUUCCAUGCAGCAGACUUCCCGGAACUCGUUGAAAAGCUUCAAUUAGAUCUACACGAACCUCCGAUUUCCCAGUGCGUUCAGUGGCUCGAAGACGCCAAACUUAAUCAACUCCGUAGGCAAUCGAUACGAUAUGCGAGGGUGAGCCUCUACGACAACGAUAUUUACUUUCUACCACGCAAUAUCAUCCAUCAGUUUAGAACCGUCUCAGCUGUCUCGAGCAUCGCCUGGCACGUUAGGUUGCAGCGGUAUUAUCCCGAAGACACGACUUCUACCACAGUCAAUGCUGGCCCCAGGCGAUCCUCUCAUUCUCACACAAAGAGCAAGAAAGCGCUUGUAGAUACCGAGGAAGAUGAGCAGAAGGAAAAUACAGAUAGCCAGCGGAUAGAUCGUCGCGAUAAUGCAGACGAAGAAAAGAAAGCUAAGGAGCGAGCGGCUGAGUACCAAGGCAACCUCAAGAAGUCUGAUCAGCAACAAAAAGAGAAGAGAUCGUCGACAACUGAGACGAUCACGCUAGACAAAAAUGCAACUGAGAAAUCUCAACGGCAGAGGCACAAAGAACACAGCGACGAUCGUAAGCAAGAAAGGCGGAAAAGCUCUACAGAGAAAAGGGAGAGGGACAAAAAGCACCAGGAUCGUCAUCGCAGUAGUGAUAAAUCGAACAGUAUCAAAAAUACCAAUACAAGUGGUAGCAGCAGUCAUCAUCACAGCAGUAGUAGCAGUAAUCACGAAAGUAGUAAACGUAAGCACGGUGAAAAAUCUUCUCCGUCGUCGUCCGAACACAGAAGACACAGUUCGUCUAGUAGUCAUCAUGCUUCUAAAACGGAGGCGCGCUCAAGUAGUUCCAGUAGCCAGACUUUGGAAGCCGUGCCCAAGCCUCAGCUAAAGGAACUGCCAAAACCCAACGUUGAAAGCACUCGGGUGAGUGAGCCGCCAAGCUUGAAACAAGACAGUAUCCCAGUGAAAGUAGACACCGAAUUGCUGUCAGCUAGACAGACCGUCGGAAAGACUUACGCUACCCAGGUGGUCGACAAAGCUCUGGAAAUAGCCAUAUCCAAAACAGAUGUGCAAGAGCAAUGCCAAUCGUUGCGGGAUGGCGUGUCUUCGGCGUCCAAGGAAAUGCUUGAAAAAAUUCGCAAGGAAAGUUUGGAGAUAGCUGAGAAACUUUUUAGCGAAGACAGCGCAGCUGUCGAAAAAGCUUAUAGGCUACUGGAAGCUGAAACAGUUAGUGCUUUUACAUCAAAACUCGAUUGCGCAACGGAAAAUGCUGUAAAAGCACUGAUCGAAACUGCUGAAGACGAGUCAAAAGAAGAGAGCGUUGUGAAGAAUGAAGCAGACGAAAAUACGAAAAUUGCUACCGUGGAGGAAGAAAAGAGAGAAAGUAGCCCGACUACGUUGACGAUGCCAUCAACGUCUAUUGACGAGAAAUGCAUAGAGUCUAAAACAGAGAAAUCAACUUGCGAGAAAAAGCCUUCGAAUUCACACUCAGACGAUAAAUCAAAUCACGAAAAAAACGAGAAAAAGCCAAGUAGUAGUAGUAGCAGCAACAGUAGCAGAGACGACCGAAAACAUAGGGAACAUAAAAAGACCGAACAUCGAGACCGUGACAGGGAUCGAAACCGAGAUCGAGAAAGGGAUAAAAACAGGGACAAAGAGAGGGAUAGAAAAAGGCAUCACAACAGUAGCAGUAGCAGUAGGCACAUCAGCAGUGGUAGCAGUAGUCACCGUCACAAGAGCAGCAAAUCUUCUAAGGAUUCCUCGUCGAGUAGUACUCAUAAUCGCAGCUCGCAUUCGUCAUCUCAUAAGAGCCUCUCGUCUGAGCGAAAUAACAAUCCAUCAGAUCCUUUAGUAUCUGGAUCUACAAGCAAUUCUGGCAACCACAAACGUAAGUCUAGUUCGAGUUCAAGUGUUUCAAGCAAUACUGAACCGGAAACUAAAAAGCUUCGUACGGAGGAAAUCAGUAAUAACGUUAUUGCUAGUACGGCUGACCAAAUUCAAGAGAACAAUAGUGCAAAUACGGUCACAUGAGCCGGUCCAAUACCAUCAGUAUUCGACAAAAUAGUACAAUCUUAACUUCUAAAAAUGCGAUAGAAGUGAAAUUAAAUUAUCGAAUAUGAGUCUAUCUUGUGCGUUGGCUAUCGCCGGGAGCGAAGCCAAUAAGGAAGAUGAGGGAUAAGACAUGCAAAGGUAAACACGCUCUUUUCGGCUUUCUCUCGCGAAGGCAAAUGUAAGACACAUUGAUUUAUCUUGCAAGAAAUACGGAAAAUUGUAUUUAUCAAAACAAAGGUUUUCGAAUUUCUCGAAAAUCUCUGUAAUCUUUGCAAAGUUGCAAAAAAACAAAAGCAUUACUCAAAAGAUUGAUAAAAACGUGAAGUUUUUUCCUUUUGUAAGCAUCGUCACGGCACGUUGUACAUAUAAAUGUAUCAAUCUUAUAGAAAAUUAUGCUCUUAUCCAUAAAGACGAGACAAGAUCUAUUUUUAUUUCAUUUUUUUUUCCUAUAAAUGGAUAAGAAUUUUCUGCUCAAGCUAUUCAACUCUUGAACUUCAUAUCUUUAUUAACUUAUUUAUAUACGAAAACUUUAGGUCGAGAUAUUUUUUAUUUUUUGCAUCGUAGGGUAAAAAAAUAGAGAAAAAGAAAAUAAUACUUCAAGCGUUGGGGGCUCUACUUCACACACAAGACUAUCUAAAUUCUAUGAAGUAUUUCAAACCAGUGAAGUAUCCAAGUUUAGAAGUUUGUGUGAAUAUCGACUUUUUGCGUUUAGAAGUGUCUUUAUUUAACUAUUCGUAGAAAAAAAAACGAGUUUUGAGAAAAAAUAAGACAUAAUAUAAAACUAUAUUAUGUCUCUAAAUAAUCAAAUGCGAGCAUGUAUAAAUAGUUUUCUAAAAAAUUGCUGUCGAUUUAAAUCAGUAAUUUUUCGUCCAUUUCUUUUUAUUUUUCUCGUUUUGUCAACGUAAAUAUGUAGAUAGUUAUGUAUAAAUUAUUACGAAUGCACUUGAUCCAAGCGUGAAAUUUAACUUAAUUGAUUUUUUUAUUCUCAUUGUCAUCGUCAUUAAGUCGGAAUAAGUGGUGUCGAGCCUACACAUAUAUCGGAAUUGAAAACGGCGAGAAAAAUAAGCAGUGAUGUAAAUUUAUGUAAAUAUCAGCCAGUUUAUUCGAGAGCAAAAGCACUGAAGUACUAAAAUGAAAGCGAGACAAAAAGACAAUUACCGUAUUAAGAUGAGGAUCGAAAUCUUCGUGUGUGUACGAGGACUUCCCCCGCUUCUUCCGAUUUGCAAAUAAAACUGAAAGAGAAUUAUUAACAAGACUCGGUCUUUACAGUUGCAAAAAAAAAAAACUAUUGCUGAACGUUGAUUGUAUAAUGGAAGGACAAAGGUAUACACACUCGUAAGAUUAUUAGUGUUUUUGAGCAAUGUUUCUUUAAACAAGUUCAAUGUUGUGUACUUUAAUAGUGAUAAUUGACACUUGGGAAACGAGCUUGAAGUUUCAAGAAUAUUUGGAGUUUCAAGGUCUAAACCCAUACGAAAAUAUGAUCCAUUUUCAUUGAAGAGUGUUUACAUUUGUCAAGAAAUAAAGUAUAUUACAAUAAACUGCGUUUUCAUAUUAUUAUAUAUACAUAAUAUAUAACGUUGACCGAAAAAAUCAUAAAGCAUAUAUAGUUAUAUAUAUAUAUAUAUCGUAGAAUAUAGUUUUACAUAUUGUCCCGUCUCACGUGUAGAGUGGCAUUCCAACUAGGUUUUUAAAAAAAAAAAAUAAAAUGACUUUUAUCAA